CAACGCCGUGUGGAAUCGUAUGUAGAUAUCAGCAUUUCGAAGGAACUCACUGCCUCCAUUGUCGGGGCUGUAGUUGGUGGCGAUGCGUUCCUACGAAAUGUUGAUACGUACCAUCUAGUCCACGCGACGUCAGAUCAGCGUCGAAAUGUUUGUCAUCUUGAGAUCCUAGGAUGGCAUUUGUUAACUGCUUUCUGGUUUGUCUGCAGUUUCGACGUUCGAGGCAAGCCCCUGAGUCAAGCCCGACACUGGUCGGCCCCUGAAGUGUUUGGCAACAGGGCAUACUUCCGCACAGUAUCCGAACCUGCUCAGCUCGUGGUGGAGGACAUCCGGUUACGUGACGAGGGUGUGUAUCGCUGCAGAGUCGACUUCCGGAAUACGCCGACUCGUAGCUUCCGCUACAACCUUACUGUCAUUGUUCCUCCUGAACUCCCUACAAUUAUCGACCACUGGGGGCGCCAGUUGAACUCUACCGUGGGGCCCCACAAUGAAGGAGAUGACGUCAUCCUGACAUGCAGAGUAAUCGGUGGAAAACCAGAGCCAGCUGUCCGUUGGCUAGUGAACGGAAUUCUCGUGGACGAAGAAUAUGAACAUAAUACUGGUGACGUAAUCGAGAACCGUCUUACGUGGUCGUCUGUAAAGCGCGAGGAUCUGAAGUCUGUGCUGAGCUGUCAGGCCAUCAACACCGUCCUCACAGAACCUCGGGAGGUCUCUCUCACCCUUGACAUUCAUUUACGACCUCUGACAGUACGGAUACUGACCAAACAGCUGCCUUUGGUCGCUGACCGCCGCUACGAAGUAUCGUGUGAGUCAGCUGGCUCGAGGCCCCCUGCCAUCAUCACGUGGUACAAGGGCAAGAGACCUCUGCGUCGAGUCAAGGAGGAGACAAGAGAAAAUGUGACAGUGAGUGAUCUGACCUUCGUGCCUACAACAGACGAUGAUGGGAAGUCGAUCACUUGUCGGGCGGAGAACCCCAACAUCACAGGCGCAUAUCUGGAGUCCAACUGGAAGAUUGACGUGGUUUUUCCACCUAUCGUCUCGCUUAUGCUUGGAAGCACUCUGAACCCAGACGACAUCAAGGAAGGCGAUGACGUUUACUUCGAGUGCCACGUGAAGGCAAAUCCGCCCUGGAGGAAACUCAGCUGGCUCCACAACGGUGUGCUGCUCAGCCACAACCAGUCCGCACGUAUUAUUCGCAGCAACCAGUCCCUCGUGCUGCAGAAAGUGACCCGGCAAAGUGCAGGCAAUUACGUAUGCGUUGCCACCAAUCCAGAGGGCGAGACGGUCAGCAACGAACUCGCCUUCAGGGUCAAAUACGCCCCUACUUGCCGCCAGGAACGCAUUCUAGUGGUAGGAGCGUCCAGAGCAGAAAGCCUGGACAUUGCAUGCGAGGUUGAAACUGAUCCUCCAGCCCGAAGCUUCAAGUGGAAGUUCAACAACUCAGGGGAGACGCUCGAGGUUUCUCCGGAGAGGUUUGCCGCCACUAGCAACGGCACUAUGAGUAUCCUGAGGUACACGCCGGUGUCGGAACUGGACUAUGGCACUCUGUCUUGCUGGGCCCAGAACGCAAUAGGGCCCCAGAUCUCGCCCUGUGUCUUUCAGGUAGUUGCUGCAGGAAAGCCGUUUCCUGUUCGAAACUGCACGCUUUCCAACCAGACAAGCAGUUCGGUGGAGGUGAGCUGCCAGCCGGGGUUCGAUGGCGGCUUGCCUCAGUACUUUCUACUGGAGCUGUAUUCUGCAGACUCGGGAGAUCCCCGCUGCAACAUCACCAGUCCCGAUCAUCCAAACUUCUUCCUCGCGAACUUAGAACCGGACGUGACAUUCCGCAUCGCGGUGUUUGCAGUCAACUCUAAGGGUCGCAGUGCUGGCAUCGUGCUGGAAGAAGUGACCUUCAGAGACGCCGAGAAGAGAACAGCAUCGGAUGGCGAACUGCCGAUAUCGCCCAUUCUGGGCAUGAUCGUGGGGGCAGCUCUCACGCUUCUGUCCGUCGUUCUCCUCGUCGUGGUGAAGUUGCGACGGUCGCGUUCUGGCAGAGACCAAGAUGGCUGCCAGCCGCACGCCGAGAAGCACCCGGGGCCCAACAGCGCCUCUUUGCUCCGCUCGGCGCCUACUAAUAAGGACCUAGGGCUCUCCGGAGGGAGGGAGGGCGUCGGUGACGAAAAGGACCCUGACAUCAUCCCAGCGAAAUUCGCGACAGCUUCAGCGGACUCAGGACCUACAGUCGGGCCUCUGGUGGGCAACGGAAACGUAAUCCUAAGGGAGGCGAGUCCUCCAUGUAGCUACCCUCCACAGCAAGCCCUUCUACAGCAUCCAACGUCGCUUACCAUCUCCCCGCAUGGACCCGCGGGUCUCUGGGCCUCUCAGGACUCUCCUCCAGCCAUGAGCACAGUGUGUCAUCAGUUCGCUGUUGCUGCUGUUCCUUCGACGCAUUCCUGGGACAUCCGACCCAAAGACCUCCGUCUGCCUGGCGCACCAAGUCAACUACCAAGACCCGCUGCCCCUUGUUCUAGUGCUUCAGUCAGUGCGGACUUGGAGCUGAACGGCACAGCCAUCAAGGAGAGGUUAAUGGCGAACCGACUGCCCGAAAGCUGCGUAUGAGAUAACACGGACGCGAAUGUGAUGGAGCUCACUCACGGCCCAGCUUCAAGGAAGCGAUAUUCCUGCCUGGCAAACUGAUACUAAUGAGGCCAAGACAGGUGCAAGAAUUUGCGGUGUUCUGUAGUUAUACCCUUCUUGAAACUCAGUUUGCAGUGUAUUUUUAUCCUUACCAAAUUUCCCUCCGAAAUAUAAAUAAUUGUCCUAGAAGCAUCUGUGUGAUAUAUUUUCCAAACUAUUUUCAAACGUAUUUGUCGUAUUUGGAACUUUAUUAGUUGUGUUCGCCUUUCAGGGCUCUGAGUAAGGAGAAACUACACACGUCAGACAAGUAGAUGUUCUCCUCUGGUAACUGACACUUUGUCUCCUUCCAACAGAAAACAUGUGAAGUACGUCAUUACUAAACUAAUCAAUGCAGUUAAGAAAUGUCUUCCAUGGAAACCUCCUACCAUGUUGCCAUUACCUGAGCCGUCAUCAACAGAAUCAGUUGGUACAGCAACAACUAAAAACAUUAAAAGUUUAAAGGAACGUCUCUUAUAACACGCUGUUGGAUAAUUUUGGUUAGUGGGUGUUAAGAAAGGUUUCUGAGUGUUAUUUGUUUUUAUUUAUUUUUAAAUUUGUAAUAUAAAAAACUUUGUUACGAACUUAAAAUGGAAAACGGAUUCGCCCGUUUAGAAGGGAAUUCGUUCACAUGAACAUCCUAGACUUUUUUAUAAACUCUUAACAAAUGCCUAAGAACAUAUGUAAAUGCGAAAUUAUUAUAAUCGACCACAACGGAGGCGUGGUUGCUUUUUAUCGACCUAAGAACUAAGUCCAUAAUCAUUAAUUUAUGUAAUAUACUUUGUAGCAAAAGUAGCAUUACACGAGACGUGUUAAUAAUGCUUGUAAGAAUGCGUGAAGUUUCCCGUGUGAACGGCUUGAUUUCUCAAACUGUGAACUAGAUACAAUCGUGAUCAAUGAAAAUUAUUUCAUUUUGUUAGAAAUUCUCUUAAUAUAGUGACAACAUAAAAUUCGAAGACUUCAGUUAGAAAACGUGAUCGCCUGGAUCGAACGUUCGUUUGUUUUUAAUUUAUUUGUUAUUUUAUAUCUGAAUGCUUUAAAUUCCAACGUACAAUUUGAUUGAGACGAUAGGUUUUUAAAAUUCUGAUUCAGCUAUUUCCAUGCUUAUACGUACUGGCUCAGAUUUUGGGAAGAUCAGUAAACGAAAUAUAUGUGUUUUUGAAAAAUAGAUAAUAUACUUCACUGUACCUUACAUACUAAGAUAAACAGGUAUGUUUAAAUAAAAAUAAGCAAAGAAAGGUUUACAACGCUCUCUGAAAUGGACACUCGUCAGUAAAGACUGAGGUGCCAUAAAUAUGCUAUAUCUAGUAACGCAUCUCUAAUUAAAUUGUAAAUAUGUGACCCAGGGAUGUCAAAACAUGUUUCGUCCAUAGUAGGAGCCCACGCUGAACUGUGCGCUAGUUUAUUUUGCAUACAUCUGUCUGUCUGAUUGUAAAGUGCGCAUGGCCGUUCUCAGUCUUGUACUUGUGUCGUCUUUUUAACGAUGCUGUAUACCUAGUACGCAAAUUUUUUGUAAUAGGGGCCUAAUGUUACUGAUUAUAUCGAUCGUAAGUGUGCAUGACCACGUGACUCAUAUUCAAGAGAGUAUUGGUGUUCAUAUUUGCUUUUGGAAUAACCCACGACAAUUUUUAAACAUGAACUUAAAUAGAGAUUCGUGAAAUUGCAGGUCCAUGACUGUGUGUGUGUAAAUAUUUGCAGCCUGAGAAGAAUAAAUAAUUUUGAGAAAUAAGUAACAGGACGAUAGAUAAAAGUGAACAAUCAGGAACUUCAUAAUUCGUGCUCAUGUCCAUUUAUUAUUGGUGUGAUGAAAUCAAGGAUGUGAAGAUGGGCAAUGCAUGUAGCAAAGACGAUGGAGAUGAUAAAUUAAUACAAAAUUAAAGUUGGAUAUAAAAUACCGUUGUUGGGACAUAGGGGUAGGCAGGAAGAUAAUAUUAAAGUGAAUCUUAAAGUAACGUGUUUUAGAAUGUGAAUUAGAUUCGUCUGGUAAAAGUUUAAAGUUUUCUGAUGUUGGUUAGUCACAUCGUGUUAAAUAGUUAUUUUGGGCUUUGUCCGUCUAUCGCAGAAAUAUGAAAUUUAUCUGUAAUUGUUUAUUUAUUUAUUAAUCUAUAUACAAAAGUGUAAUUUACACACUUAAAAUUCGAAAUACACAUUUUUAUUCAGUUUCUAUCUUACUGUUAUGUCACCAUGCAUAUAGUUAAUUAAGAUAGAAAUAAUUUUUUUGAAAACUUUUUGAAGUUCUACAUGAGUUUCCUGUAAAAUAUGGGUUAAGAGGACCGACGUGAAGAACAAUUAAAUUCGUUGUGAAAUUUCAGUUUAGACCCCCUAAUAGAGAACUUUAUCGAGAAAUGUUCUGUGCUUCGGAGGUGACAUACACAGACGACAUGAAGCAAGGAUCUGCACAUUGCGCGUUCAUUUUAUGUAAUUUGUGCAGACUUCAUAAAAAGUACGCAAUAAAUUCAUAAAAUAUUUUUGUUGAAAUAAGUAAUGCAUUGUGCGCCCUUUCAUAACUUACUCCAUCAAGUGUCAAGGAUUGAAAUAUCAUAAAGGGCACUUGAAAGCGCUGAAAAAUCCUUUGCGAUAACUAACACUAAAUAUUAAUUUAAAAUGCGAUAUAAAUUGACCUUUAUAAUUAUUGAAUCCACUAAUGGAUGCCUCAAAGUCAAAGGAAUCGGUUAUGAUGCGCUACUGCUUAAAACGUUUGUGAAGGAGUGAGGAUAUCGUAAUUAUGAAUCACUUUGUUGCUUUAUAAUUAAGACAUUUGCUUGCAUCUUCAAUACAAUUAUAAUGGGUAUUAAUAUAACUUGGUCGAUGGUCCUGCAUUUUUUCCAGUUAUUUUGGAGAUCUUGGUUGUUGACUGAAGUUGAUACAGUGUGUGUGUCCGUGUGUUCGUACUGAAGGUGAGUGUGAUGAUAAUACUGACGAAGAUGUAAUAAUCAUAGUUCGCGGUGACUGUGAUGAUUGUGUCAGAGUGCAUGCCUCUCUUAUGCCCUGUAUAUCAAGAAAUUAAUAUUGUGUGUGUGUUUGAUAGUUAUGUUUUUAUGGACUGAGAUGUAUUCACAGUAAUGGGAUAAACUAUUCAUCCCUCCAUGAAUGUAAGAAAUGACGAUUUUCAAUUUAACACUCCAGCGACAAAAAUUCCAAAUUGCAUAGUAGACCUGUCUCGAUAACAGUGUUUGUACAGGAAAGUGUGACUGUUUACAUGAGAGAAAUGCCAUUCUUCGUUUAUCCAAAAUUAAAUCCGACACUAACUGUUUAAUGUUUUAGUGAGAUGAUGUUUGAUCUUCUGGGUGAAGAACGACUGAUGUAAUGGUUUAUCAGUUGUGCUCGCUUGACCGAAACAUUUGUGACGUAUCAGUAUUGGUUGCCUUAUAACUAAGAAAGGUCACUCAUCAUCACAUUUAUUGUUUACUAUCAUUACCAUCUAUAAGAUUAUGGAAUAGGUGCUGUGAUGCUGUAUCAUUACAGAAUUAUAAUGUGUUGGUGUUGACAAGAUUAUUAAAAAUGUUGGUAAUAAUGUAAA